AUGGUUGACGUGUGCAGCGAUGUCCGCACACAACUUCUCAGCUACUUCCACAACCAUCCGGGCGAGAAUAUUCGCACCGUGGAUCUGUGUCGGGUGGUCAAGCAACCCAAGAAGACCAUCAACAGUGUCUUGUACAGACUUCAAAGGGAUGGCGUACUGCAGAAGGUUGAUCAGGCGAAUUGGCACUCGAAGCUUAACGGAUCGGGCGCAUCGACGAAUGGCGUGGCGCCUGGAGAUGAGAAGGCCCUCAUCUUAGCGCCUAGCGCGGAUCAGAUGAUGCUAGCCACGAUUGAUUCGAACGCGUCUCCAUCUUCCCCUGACGGCAACUCGAUCGCCAACUCGAACGACAACAACCAGGUCGCUAGAAACAAUUGUAAGUUCAUCUUCAUCGAAAUCGCUCAUCUUGCUGACGAUAUCUAUUUCGACUGUGCGUGUUCGUGCUUCGUGUGCGCUUUCGUAUCUCAUCCCGCGACCUCUUACGUACAUCCAAAGAGCAACGGAAGUGUCUCCUCGCAAAACGCUGCAGGAGCAGGAGGAAACAAUAAUAUUCUGCAAAACGAUUUAACUGCUCUACUGAUCAAUCAUCUCGCGGCUGUAGGCGCGCCCGUUUACACCAAAGACCUUGUAAAGGCUUUGGGACUGAAACACAAACGGGAGAUCAACCCGAUCCUAUACCGGCUGCAGGACCGGGGAGUGCUCUCCAAAGUGUGGGACACUCCACCGGCGUGGACUCUCGUGCCGGGUGGUAACCUGGCAGAUUUGCAGGGCAUCGAAAGGAGUCUCAACAACAAAAAACAACCUGAGCUCCCUGCGGCGUCCUCAUUCGAAGAGAACGGACAGACGAACGAGUAUCCCGCGCUACCGGCUCCCCCCGGUGCUGCAGCAGUUAUCCCUCAACCGAAUCCGCCACAACAAGCGCCCGUCGGCGUUGUUGCCGGUGCCGGUAUUCCAACACUCAGUCCCGCCGCUCACUUGGCCGCACUGCCCGCUCAGCAUCUCCUUGCGGCUCAGCAACAACAACAACAGCAGCAGCAAGAGUUGCUCGGCCGAAAGCAAACCGCCAAGAUGACCAAAAUGGCUCGACAACAAACGGCGCUUAGUCCUCAGCAAGCGGACAUACUUCGCCUGAACCAGGCGUUCACUCAGAUGUUGAUUCAGCAGCAACAGGCAGGCAUCCCAGUGAUGCUACCUCCAGGUGUAUGUUUUCCGAAUGUGAAGAUAACGCAGCAGGUGAUGAGCCAGACAGUCGAAAUGGCGGCCGCGGCGUACGCCGCUGCAGCGGCGGCCAACGGAGGACACAUCAGUCCACAACAGCUGCACAUGAUGCAGGCGCAGCAGAUGCAAGCAGCAGCUGCCGCCGCCGCGCUAGCUGCGCAGCAAGCGCAAGCCGUCCAACAGCAGGCGGCCGCUGCGCAUCACGUUGCCGCAGGACAGCAUGCACAUGAGCACGCGGCAUCUUCAACCUCAUCAUCAUCGAAUACUCAAUCGAGCCACCAUUUGCAACAAUCACAUUCAGCUGCUGCGGGCUCGGGCGGAUGUCAAGACGCCCAGUCCGCUGGCAACUCCGCUGGUAAUACGUCGUCGCAGAAUCCGACAACCGCAGUCGGACCGGUCGCCAACCACCAGAGUCAGGCCACCGGCAGCUCAGGACCUCCGGCAUCGACAGCCGGUCCGCAAUCGAUCUCGAAGUUCCCCAGUUACGCGUCUCUCACUAAGAACCCCGUGAGCGCUUUCCACGAGUUUGGACAGAUGCAGCAUGUCGAAGCCAAGAUCGACAUCGUUGCAACGGAUGGUCCCCCGCACAAUCCCCGAUUCAAAGCUGUUGCAUUCCUCGACAAGAAACCGGUCGCCGAGGCCUGGGACAAGACCAAGAAAGAAGCGAAGCACCAGGCCGCCGAACUGGCGUUCCGAAAGCUUGUCGCAUCGGGAGCGCUCGCGUCCGACGUUCCGUCGCCGGAAACCGAUAUCCUGUCGUCGACCGACGAGAGCAUCCCGAUGUUCGACAUCAUCGCAGCGUUGGGUCACAGAGAAUUUUCGCAGAAGGUGUUGGAAGUUCCUGAAUAUGUCGGCGGACGAAAAGUCCUCGCAGCUCUGAUAAUGCGCUGCGCACAAACCGACAAAAGAGGAGCCGUUGUCUGUUUCGGAACAGGCUCACGAUGCAUCACAGGCGAACAACUGAGUCAAGACGGAACCGUAGUGAACGACUCCCACGCCGAGGUCAUCACUCGCAGAAGUUUCCUGCGCUUUCUGUAUCAACAACUGAAAACCUACAAGCCCGGUGAGGAGCACAGCAUCAUCGAGCCGGUCGACAACCCGCAAGGCGGCCCGACGCUGAGGAUCAAGCCUCAGGUGUCGUUCCACUUGUACAUUUCGACGGCCCCUUGCGGCGACGGCGCGCUGUUCGCUCACACCACGAAGCCCGAUGACAAGAACAAGCAAUGUGGGGAAGACGCUUCGAGUGCGCAUCAUCCGCUCUUCACCAAGAGCUGUCAGGGUCUCCUUCGGACCAAGCUAGAGGCUGGCGAAGGGACUGUACCCGUGGACGUGAGUACCGAUUAUCAAACGUGGGACGCAAUCCUCCAAGGGGAGCGACUUCGAACUAUGAGCUGCUCGGACAAGAUAGCACGCUGGAACGUGCUCGGCAUGCAAGGAGGUCUACUGUCUCACUUCCUUCAGCCUGUGUACUUAUCCUCCAUAACGCUCGGGAACCUGUAUCACCACGGCCAUCUUUCACGCGCCGUGUGCUGCCGCCUGGAGGGGGAGCCGUCGCUAAACUCGCAACUACCCCCACUGUUUUCGCUGCAACAUCCGAUUCUGGGCUGUGUUUCCGGACACAAUCCGCCCAGAGACACUGAGAAAACCAAACCCUACUCGAUCAACUGGUGCGUGGGCGACGAACGCCCCGAGGUCACCAACUCGGGCACAGGCAUGCGUCAAGACCGCAGUGGCACCAAUCUUGAAUCAAGGGUUUCCAAAGCUUCGCUGUUCACACUGUUCAAGGAGGUUGCCGAACAGUUCGGCCGAAGCGAUCUCGUAGGCCCGACCUACGGAGACACCAAGCAAAGUGCAGAUGGCUAUCAAAACGCCAAAAAAGUGCUAUUCGACAGAUUCCUGAAACUAGAUAGAGGGCGCUGGGUGAGAAAACCACCUGAAGAAGAGAUGUUCCAUUAA